UUCUCUCCUCUCCUCCAGCUCAUGUAUAAUUACGUUUGGUUGUGAUGGGAGUGCCUGGAAGGACUGGGCCAUCCAAGCAAAUGAAGUCUGGUCUGCUGCUUACAGAGCUGCUUGCAUUCACAGAACUCCCCAGAGCGCUAAACCUCCACCUAUGUUCUGGUCCAUGUUUCUGACAUGGACUGUGGAAUCUCUGUGCCAGCAGGAAAAGACGCUUCAAAACAGCCUUGCGCAGAAGUAUGUACACCCAUGGGUCAAGAAUCUGGUUCCAUGUGGCCAGUCGCACAGUCAGCAACAGACAUACAAGACCUGACCAACCGGGAUGAAUCCAGCCAGGAGCGUCCAGCUAAUCCUGAUCCUCUACCUCCAAUGCAUCUACGUGUGCACACCUGCCCCGGCUCAUGGUCAUGCAGAGGAGAGACUACUUCAGGUUUUAUUCCGUCGCUAUAACAAGCUCUCACGUCCUGUAGAGAACAUCUCAGAUGUGGUGCUGGUCCACUUCGGCCUUUCCAUCGCACAACUCAUUGAUGUAGAUGAAAAGAAUCAAAUGAUGACCACCAAUGUUUGGGUGAAACAGGAAUGGAGCGAUUACAAGCUGCGCUGGAACCCUGAGGAGUUUGAGAAUGUCACCUCCAUCAGAAUCCCCUCCGAGCUCAUCUGGAGGCCUGAUAUUGUGCUCUACAACAACGCUGAUGGAGAUUUCGCCGUGACCCACCUGACCAAAGCCCAGGUGUUCCACGAUGGCAGAGUCAAAUGGAAGCCUCCUGCCAUAUAUAAGAGCUCCUGCAGUAUUGACGUCACGUUCUUCCCUUUCGAUCAGCAGAACUGUAAGAUGAAGUUUGGCUCGUGGACGUAUGACCGAGCUAAGAUCGACUUGGUCAGCAUGGACAGCAAUGUGGACCAAAUGGACUACUGGGAGAGUGGUGAGUGGGUCAUCAUCAACGCUGUGGGAAAGUACAACAGCAAGAAAUACGAGUGCUGCACAGAAAUCUACCCAGACAUCACAUACUACUUCAUCAUCCGCCGGCUCCCUCUGUUCUACACCAUCAAUCUGAUCAUCCCAUGCCUGCUGAUCUCAUGCUUGACCGUGCUUGUGUUCUACCUACCAUCGGAGUGUGCUGAGAAGAUCACGCUGUGCAUAUCGGUGCUCCUCUCACUCACUGUCUUCCUGCUGCUCAUUACAGAAAUCAUCCCUUCCACCUCGCUGGUCAUCCCACUCAUCGGUGAGUACCUGCUCUUCACCAUGAUCUUUGUCACGCUUUCUAUCAUCAUCACCGUGUUUGUGCUGAACGUGCACCACCGCUCAUCCCGCACGCAUCGAAUGCCUCAUUGGGUCCGCCAGCUCUUUCUCCACCUGGUCCCGAGAUACCUCUUCAUGAAACGUCCACCCGCUGCUGGAAAGAGGAACUGCCGCAAACUCAUUGAAAUGAUGCAUAGGCCAAUGGCACUGCAGCCCAUCCAGCAGGGCAACCCCACCUUGACCAUGCCCCUCGAUCUGGCCAUGGUCUCUGCUAGCUCAUCAUGUGCAAUGCACCGAGAAGCAGCAUCCAAAUCUCCUCUUUUCUGCAGCUCCCCCAGUAGUCAGUACUCCAUCCUUCAAGAGGAGCCCACACACAUGAACCUCACUCCUGGACUCACAUGCACUCAAGUGAACACUUCCUCUACCUCAAGCCCUUCUUUGUCUCCAGAUGCACCCCUUGGGCCUCUGCUUCAAACGUUAGCUCUCAGUGAGGUUUGUGAAUUUCAGUGCCACAGUGCUGAGAGUGUAUUUGUGGAUACCACAGAAGGUACGCAUGAGACAGGAACUCUUUGGCACUGUCAUAAGCAUGAGGAGACAAGUAUAAAGACAUACGUCACUGCAGAUAGAAGUGAAAGUACAGGUUCAUGUAUAAGACACAAGGUCCGGGGCACUCAAAUCUCAAGCCCCAGCUGUAGUAAAGAAUCCAAGCUGGAGGAAACUGAGUUUCCAGUGUCACAGUCACUCCUGCGGGCCCUCGAGGGAGUCCAGUACAUCGCCGACCAUCUCAGAGCUGAGGAUUCAGACUUUUCGGUAAGAGAAGACUGGAAAUAUGUUGCCAUGGUGAUUGAUAGAAUAUUUCUCUGGAUGUUUGUGCUGGUGUGCAUUUUGGGUACAGCGGGACUGUUUCUGCCUCCUUGGUUGGCUGGAAUGAUCUAGAAUCUGACACUGAGCUCAGCAUUGAACAAGAAACCUGCCAAACACUUUCAGUGUCCUCAUCCAGAUCCACUGUUUUUGACUGUACAAAUAUCUGCAAUAUCAUAAUAUCACAUUCCAGAGUGGCCAAUGUAACGAUGAAGCAUUUUUUCAAGGUCAGCUUAUAUUUCCUUGAAAUGCUUUCAAGGCACAAAAUGGUUUAUUCCUGUCCUUUCAACAAAGGCCAGUUUCUGUUGCAAAUAAGCUGCUGUGCCUUCUUCUGAAACGUUCCUUCAUUUGUGUAUUAUUCCCUUUAAAUUCACGCUUUAAAUCUGUGCCAAUUAUAACCACAUACCUUCAUGCCAUUUGUUAUAUAUUAAAGGAUCUGCUACAAAACUAGAUGAAUAAAAUUUUACAUACUGACAGCAUAAAAGCAAUUCAUAUUGAAAUUUAUUUAGAAUAAUCUAGAUAUUCAUGUGCCAUAUUUGUACUGUUGUGUUUUUCGCAGGGAGGAGUAAAUAAAUGAUUCAAUGGAAUAAAUUCACUGGGCAUCCAUGUUACCCUAGAGCUCUAUUUGUCAUCUCUGUCUAAACAGAUUGUGAGAAAUAGCCUUCUGCUCUAUCUGGUGGUGAUUAUAGCACAAUAGAUACUGACAGAAUACACCACCAGAUUUUGUCCACGUACACACACAAUGGCAGGAUGUAGAGAUAAGCUUCUGUGCCACAGUUCAUGCUGUCAGCUAGGAAGCUAUAGCUGGAUGCCUAAUAAUGAAAUUAUAUUUCGAGAAAAUAGUUACAUCUUUAAUCAAGAACAACAAAGGCUUGAGUUUCUUUCAUAAUAGUGCAGUCUGUGUUUAGAAUCAAAUGAGGUAAAACUCACUCACUCUGAAAAACAACAAGAGGGUUCUUCAGUGAAAACUGGUCAAUACAUCAUAAUCAAAUAUACUGACAUGAUCUUAGGCCAAAGCAAGAGACUUGUAGCUACGUUCUGCACAUCUGACUGCAGCUCAUAACAGACACAUAAAACAAAGCAAGCCCCAGCUUGCUUUAUACAGCCGACUCCAUAACUGUUGGCACCCCUCAGGAAAAUCGAUAAAAAGACUGGAUGAAAUAACACAUUUUCCUGACAAGCAACUGGAGAAACUCAUUACCUUUCAACUUAAAAAUAUAGCUUUUUUUUUUUUUUUUGGGGUGGCACAGUAGGUAGACAGCUGCCUCACAGCUCCAGGGUCCUGGGUUCAAUCCUGAGCUCAAGUUAUUGAGUGGGUUUCCUCAGGGUUCUCCAGUUUCCUCUCACUGUCCAAAAACUUGCAGGAGGUCUGGCUAUGUUAAAUUGCCGAUGUGUGAAGAAGUGGUGCCCUGCGAUGGACUGAAUUCUCCUGCCUUGAGCCCAGUGUUACUGGGAUUGGCUCCGGAUUGGCCGUGACCCUGAUCAGGAUAAAGCAGUUACUGAAGAUGUAUGUAUGUAUGAAUGAAUGAAUGAAUGAAUAAUAGUGUUUUCUCUCAAAAAGUGUCAUAAAUAUAGUCAUGCCUUAACAAUGUUCAAAAUAAAUGUUGUGUCAUCAGUCAUAAAAAAAAAAAAAAAAAUUUAAACUGCUCUUUAUUUCCAGAAACUCUGUUGUUGUCUCUGACCAUUUUCUGAUAGCCAGGGAUAUAAACAUAAAGUCGAACACAUGUGAAAACUUUUCCUGAAGGCAACCAAUAAAAUGCAGUACCAUUGGA